AUGGACACACAACUGACUAAUUUAAGAAACAGGACAAUCACUGCGUUUGUCAAGUUAUAUCACAGUGGGCGCUUUGUUGAAGACAUUGACUCAUUACCAAAUAUGUUAUGUGGUGAAAAUUGGGUACCUUCUUCUCGUUUUGUAAAAUCACGAGAACAAGAAGAGAAUAUCCACAAAGAACGGAUCUUAUCUCUCUUAGGAUACGUUGCUGGUGAGUACGAUAUGGCUACACCACUGAGUGUCUAUGCCAAGAAGGCCUUAGAACGCACUGGAUUGCACGAGCCAGUGUUUGGAAUUGCAGAAGCUCCUUGUAACAAAUGUAACACAACUGGGUUCAGAGUGACGAACAUGUGUGAAGGUUGCACCGCUCGUCCAUGUUACACAAAUUGCCCGAAGAAGUGUAUUGAUUUUGAUGAGAAUGGACAAGCUCGAAUCGAUCAAAAUAUUUGCAUCAAAUGUGGUAAAUGUGCUAAAGCAUGUCCAUACACAGCAAUUAUCAAAAAGACAAUUCCGUGUAUGGCUGCCUGCCCUGUUAACGCCAUUUCAAAUACAAAAGAUGGCGUUAAAGCAAUCAAUUAUGACACUUGUAUCAAUUGUGGUGGGUGUAUGCGAGCGUGCCCAUUCGCUGCCAUUUUACCAAGAAGCAAUUUGUUGGACGUUUUACAACGUCUCCACAAAACAAAGAUAUACGCAUGCCCAGCUCCAUCCAUUGCGGCCCACUUUGGUAAAUUUGAUGUGUCUGUUGUUGCGUCUGGAUUAGUUGCGUGUGGAUUCACUGGUGUCGAGGAAGUUGCAUAUGGCGCCGAUCUUACUGCCACACACGAAGCCGAAGAGUUUGUCGAGAAAAUAGUAAACAAGAAGGAAGCGUUCAUGACCACAUCCUGCUGCCCUGCAUAUAUUAAUGCAAUUAAUAAGCAUAUCCCCGACUUAAAACCAAAUGUUUCGCACACACCAACACCAAUGGGGUUCGCUUCCAUGGGAGUCAAAGAACUUGGUAAAGACUGUAUCAGUGUCUUUAUCGGUCCGUGCAACGCAAAGAGGUGGGAAACUUUACAAGAUCCCAACACAGACUUCUGCUUGACUUUCGACGAAAUAUUUGGACUCUUUGAAGGUUCUGGGGUGAAAUUGGAUGGCAUGACCCCCUACACAUUCCCACAUGUUUCACAUAAAGAAGGAAAGAUAUUUGCAGUGUCUGGAGGCGUCGCAUCCGCAGUUGCUUCAUUGCUACCAAAAGACAUUGAUCCUUCAAUUCUGAAGCCAGUCGUCAUCGACGGGUUCACUCCAGAAAAUUUCAGGAAGCUCAAAAACUUUAAGAAAAACCCAACCGGAAAUUUGGUGGAGGUGAUGGUGUGCGAGGGUGGAUGUGCAUACGGCCCGGGAUGCCCAGGGUUGAAAGCACCAGUGAGUGCUGUAAGAAUCAAAAUGGCUGUCGAUAAAGCACCAGCUUGUGAAGGUGGUCAUUGGGUUGGAAAGGCCGACAGUGAAGUUAAGCCGAUAAGCUCCAAAGCAUAA